CCAGUAGUUCCUCUCCAGAAAUCCAACCCAUCAUGCGCUUCACUCUGCUCGCAGUCUUCCUACUCGGAGUGCUCCUCGCCAUCGCCUCUGCCGGUGGAAAUGCUGGUGGAGCAGGAGGUGGUGGUCAGGGAGGUUGGCAGCAGAAGGGUGGAGGUGGUUCCCAAGGAGGCUGGCAGAAGGGUGGUGGAGGAGGCGGUGGUCAAGGAGGUUGGCAGAAGAACGGAGGAGGGGGUGGCGGGGGCGGUGGCAAGCACGGAGGAGGAGGAGGAGGAGGUGGCUACAAUGGCGGAGGCGGAGGAUACCAUGGUGGCGGAGGCGGCUACAAUGGCGGAGGAGGAUACCACGGAGGUGGUGGCGGCGGUGGAUAUCACGGCGGCGGUGGAGGCGGAUAUCAUGGAGGCGGAGGCGGUGGAUAUCCCGGUGGAGGAGGAAGCACCAUAGACGUGUAUGUGGUUAAGCCAGUGUACAGCGGUGGCGGAGGAGGCGGAUAUCCCGGGGGCGGAGGAGGCGGUUUCCACGGAGGAGGCGGUGGUGGUGGACACCACGGAGGAGGCGGUGGUGGCUACCAUGGAGGAGGCGGUGGCGGAGGACCUUCCCAGUGGGGUGGUGGCGGAGGCGGAGGCGGGGGCGGUGGCUCCUACGCCAGCAGCAGUGCCAAUGCCAACAGUUGGAGCUCCGGAGGAGGAGGUGGUGGCUGCCAUUCCUGCGGCGGCGGCGGAGGGGGCAAUGGCGCAUAUGCCAAGGCCUCGGCGAAUGCAUAUGCAGGCAGCUGGUAGGAUUUCACAUCUCCAAAGGAUUCCCCUCCUGAAAUCCACUUUUUUUUUUAUUAAUUUGUAAGCUGUCCUGUAAAUAAACAACAAGUUGUGAAAGCAAAAAUA